AUGAACUCGCUUAUCCAGAACAACAUCAAGCUCUCGGACACUGCGCAGGAGCUGCACGACAAAAUGAUCGGCAUGCAGCCCGGCACGCUGUUCUCGCAGCAGGAGCUACAGGCUAUGAUCGGAUCACCAUCGCUCAGCAACCUCAUGGCCCACGCACAGGAGCUGCUCGACAAGAACCUGAUCCGGCUGGUCAAGCAGAACAAUGAGUUGCGCUUUCAGGCCGUCAACGUGUCCGAGGCACAGAAGAAAUCCGGUAUGUCCUCCGACGAGGCCCUUGUCUACUCCUACAUCGAGGCCAGCGGGCGCGAAGGCAUCUGGACUAAGACAAUCAAGGCAAAAACGAACCUGCACCAGCACGUGGUGCUGAAGUGCCUGAAAUCGCUCGAGUCACAGCGCUAUGUGAAGUCCGUUAAAAGUGUAAAGUACCCCACCCGCAAGAUUUACAUGCUGUACAACCUUCAGCCGUCGAUCGACGUCACUGGGGGGCCCUGGUUUACCGAUAGCGAAUUGGAUGUCGAAUUUAUCAACAGUCUGCUGACCAUCGUGUGGCGCCACACCUCCGAGCGGACUUACCCUAACGGUUUCAAUAACUUCGGCACUGGGCGGGACAAGGAAGUGCUGUACACGCACACGGUAAAAAACUACUCCACCACGGAAGAAAUCCUGAAAUUCAUCAGCGCCGCACGGGUCUCGACCGUGGAGUUGUCAAAGUCCGAUAUUCGGUCGCUCUGCGAAGUUCUUGUGUACGACGGCAAGCUGGAGAAGGUGGCCUUUGACUGCUACCGUGUCACGCUGCAGAGCGUGCUCCAAAUGACGCAACCCGCCGGUGGCGAGCCCGGCGCCGGCGUGGCGGACCAGGACUUUUCCGUCUUCGACUAUGCCAGUGUAAUCUCGCCCUCCGCUGGCGACAAGGAGGCAGUGUAUAUCGAUGAGUGGAAUCUGUAG